UUAACUGAGUCUUAUCUGCAGAUCCCCCAUUGACAUAUGUCACCCACCACCCCAUCUCUGACCAUGAGGUCACCCUGAGGUGCUGGGCUCUGGGGUUCUACCCUGGGGAGAUCACCCUAACUUGGCAACGGGAUGGGGAGGACCAAACCCAGGAAAUGGAGCUUGUGGAGACCAGGCCUGCAGGGGAUGGAAAAUUCCAGAAAUGGGCAGCUGUGGUGGUGUCUUCUGGAGAAGAGCAGAGAUACACGUGCCAUGUGCAGCAUGAGGGGCUGCCUGAGCCCCUCAUCCUGAGAUGGGAGAGGUCUCCCCAGUUCUCCAUCACCUUUGUGGUAAUGGUUGCUGGCCUGGUUCUCCUUGGAGUUGUUGCUGUUGUUAUGAUGUGGAGGAAGAAGAACUCAGGUAGAAAAAGAGAGAGCUAUGCUCAGCCUGCCUGUAAGUUUAAAGGGGUUGAUCCUAAGACCCUUGGGAUAGUGUAUUUGGGAGUCCAUGGGGGAGUUAACCCACUCCAUAAUCUCUCCUUUAGCCAUAUCUCCUGUGGGAUCUGAUAAGUCACUCACAACUUGAAGAGGUGAGUCACUGGAAAGCAUGAAGAGGGAAAGAAGGUGGGGCAAAGAGGACAUGACUGGGUUACAGGGACUCUCUAAAUUUGAACCUUUCAGAAUGUUGCCACUUAUAGGUACUGAUCUGAUUUGUUCAUGAUUACUUUAUUCUACAGUGCAAAACAGGUGUCAUGGGUAGAAUUGAACCAUACAAGAUUUGUUCACAUCUCUCCAUCCUGAUGAUGGUUUCAAGAGCUCCUGAUUUCUCAUUGUGAAGUUCACAUCUGACUAUAUCUAUGUGUCUGUGUUGCUAUCAGCAUAAUGUAAGGAAAUAAGAAUAGUCCAUCCCUGAUCAUCAAGACCCCUGCCCCACACUUAUGUGUGUUCUCUUCCC